AUGGAAGAACAUAUAGAUUUAUCAUAUCUGGACCGCGAAGAUGUAGAUGAUGAUGUGGUUGGUGUAGACUUCAAGAUUAUAGGAAUGAUACGUCAACACUUACAAAUAACCACAUCACUAGCGGCAAUCACAAUGUUAUGCAUUGUUGGACACGCAUUGAGUAUCUUGAAUAUGUACUCCACUGAUUCCAGUAGUGUAAGCAAUUACCUACCUGAUAGAGACCGUCGUAGGGAGCAGUUAAUGUCAUAUCUUGUGCAUACUCAUCGGUGCCGCGACAUUAUUAGGAUGGGUCCAGAGGCAUUUAUUAAUCUUUGUGAGAGAGUAAGAUCAACUGGGUUAGUCAAGGACGCAAUUCGGUCGACCGUGGAGGAACAAGUUGCUGAAUUUCUUCAUAUAAUUGGUCAUAAUGUUAAGAAUCGUAGUGUGGCCUUUUUCUUUCAUCGAUCAGGUUCGACGGUUAGCAAACACUUUCACAAUGUGUUGGACGCUAUCAUAAGUUUGGAAUCAGAAUUUCUAAUACAACCAUCAGGAAAUGAGGUUCAUCCACAUGUGUUGAACAACAGUCGAUUUUAUCCGUACUUUAAGGAUUGUUUGGGGGCCAUAGACGGUACUCAUGUUAGGGUAAGGGUUCCAAGUUCUGAAGCUCCGAGAUUUCGUGGAAGAAAAGAUUGGCCAACACAAAAUGUCUUUGCGGCGUGUGAUUUCGACAUGAAAUUCACCUACGUUCUGGCUGGAUGGGAAGGCACUGCAUCCGAUUCAAGAAUAUUAAAAAAUGCUCUUGAUCGGGAUGAUCCGUUGGUUAUCCCCCAAGGUGAGUGUGUAAACAAUCGAUGUCCAUGAAGUUAUUUAGAGGUAACUAAUUACCUUUGUAUGUGGAAAAUUGUAGGAAAAUACUACCUGGGUGAUGCAGGUUUCAUGUUGAAAAGCACAAUUUUGACUCCAUAUAGAGGCGUCAGAUAUCACUUAAAAGAAUA